CUCCGUCUGCGGCACAGUCGCGCGUCCUGCCGCUCCGUCUGUCUCGUCGCGGUGGUUUCUGUGCCAAGACGCUCUUGUUGGACGCGCGCAGUGCACUCUGAGCGUACGCCGGUUUUUUUUUUUUUAAUUAAUAAAUCAGUAAGAAGUUUCGGUCAACCAACUCGGGAUGUUUCUUGGAUUUAUGAAAAAAAAAGCCUGACGAGAUAUAGUUUUGUCACCAGCCGCUCCGCUGAGUGGGCGUUGGAACGCCAGCGCCGUGCGCACCGCGAGCAGGUGGAUGGAGAGGCUGGAGCGGGAUGCGGUUCUUCCAGCAGGUCAGCGUCGCUCCGGAGCGGCUGGACGCCACACUCUGUGCUGAGGGACGUCUCGCCACCAUGAACGCGAUUUGAGGAGGACGUGUUUAAAAAAUCUAUCUCGGUCUACAACCAUCUCCUUCCAGCUGGGAUGUGAUAAUUGUGGUUCCUAAUACUCAGUCGUCCAAAACCCAGAGCCCUAUACCCAAGAUCUCAAAUUCCCAGCACCCCUUGCUUAUCCUGGAACUUAACACAUGAAGCCCUGAAACAUUAUUUUCACCAGCCUGUGAAUUAAAAUCAACGCCCAACCCAAAACCCAUUAACAGCUACCGUCUCUGAACUCCUCUCUGAUCACACUCUACUUGUCAACUUUUUUAGAUUACGACCCUUUGAUUUCCCAAAACCUUGUCAGCCAUCAUGGCCUUGGAUCAGUGGCCCUUCCUAUCGACCCCCCCGAACACCUCCAUCCCCGAGCCCCUCCUGUACGACAGCUACAUCCAAGGGAAUGAGUCUGACCUGGACAUGAACAUCUCAGGGACCAGAGAGCGUCACCAGGACAAGACCAGCUCCGUGGUCAUCACCUUCAUCUACUUCAUGGUGUGCUCCGUGGGGCUCUGUGGCAACGCCCUGGUCAUCUACGUAAUCCUGCGAUAUGCCAAAAUGAAGACGGUGACCAACAUCUACAUCCUGAACCUGGCAGUCGCAGAUGUUUUGUGCAUGAUGAGCUUGCCGUUCAUCGCCCUGCAGCUUGCGCUGGUGCACUGGCCCUUUGGAGAGGCUCUUUGCAGAGUGAUCAUGACUGUAGACUCUCUCAAUCAGUUCACCAGCAUCUUCUGUCUGAUGGUGAUGAGCAUUGACCGAUACUUGGCUGUGGUCCACCCCAUUAAAUCUACGAAAUGGCGGAAACCCCGUGUAGCCAAGCUAAUUAACCUGACAGUGUGGGUUGUGUCGCUGUUGGUCAUUCUGCCAACUAUGAUCUUCAGUGGCCUGGACAAGGUGCCGGUGUGUGGCAUUGUGUGGCCGGAGCCCCAGGACAUCUAUUACACAGCCUUCAUAUUCUACACCUUCUUCAUAGGUUUCUUCUUGCCCCUGGUGGUCAUAUGUAUGUGCUACCUGCUCAUUAUAAUCAAGGUGAAGUCGUCUGGCAUGAGAGUGGGCUCCACCAAGCGCAAGCGCUCAGAGCGUAAGGUGACAAGGAUGGUGUCCAUUGUGGUGGCGGUGUUCGUGCUCUGCUGGCUGCCUUUCUACAUUUUCAACGUCACCUCCGUCACCGGCUCCAUCAGCCCCACCUCUGCCGUGAAGAGCACCUUCGACUUCGUGGUGGUCCUCGGCUACGCCAACAGCUGUGCCAACCCCAUCUUGUAUGCCUUCCUGUCGGACAACUUCAAGAAGAGCUUUCAGAAGGUGCUGUGUCUGAAAAAGGUGACGGGCCUGGACGAGAUCGAGCGCAGUGACAGCCGGGCGGACAGGAGCCGGAUGGUCAUCGAUGCCGUGAACAACGCCAACCUGGAGACUCACAAUGCCGCCCUGCUCCAUUCCGAGCUGCAGACCAGCAUCUGAGGAUAAAAUGGUUGCAGUCACGUCGAGGGAGGCCAGAGAGACUGAGCGUGGGGAUGAUGGGCUACCCGCGCACUGCUAGUGACCUCGGCUCAAAGGCGCGGGGGAGGGAGGAUGAUAUCAUAGCUGCUGCUCAUGGACGCUGACACAUGAGCAAAGUGAGUGAAAAUAAUAAACAAUUUCUUAAGGGUUUUUAAAAGGUCGGGGAAAGUACACUGACUCCAGAUCAAACGCUUGAUAUUUGGGCUAAUGGGAGAACUUGCACUGAUUAGCCCUGAGCUGAAGCAAAUGUAUGAUAUGACAAAUUAUUUCCAACACUGUAGACAAAUCAAACACAAACAAGACAGCAGCUCUCGUUCACCAGCCUGGGACUACUAUCCAGUUACUAGAAAAAACAUGCAGACAGAACCCAAAUCAAAAGAAGACCUACGAUCAGAGAGUGGACCCACUGGAGACAAUGCAGGGGUGAGUUCACACACAGUGAGGACAGAGACGGCUGAGCAGUGAUGGACCUUUCCAGAGCUUACAAGGUCGACCAUUGAUUUCUCUAAAUGUGGAAGUACUGUUGAAGAAGUGGGACAAACAUUUCGAGCCGCCACUGUAAUUCUCCAGAGAUUUUGAAAGAUCAAUAUCAGCUGCCAAAGCUCAAAGAUGACUUCUUUCAUGGUCAUGUCUUAUUCAAUCCAGCUGAUUCAUCUGGUCUUGCAUGAUCGACAGUGCAACAAAAUGGUAAACAAAUCUUAUUCACCCUCAAAGGAAGGAUGCUCUUUUCCCUGUCGACCUCUGAGUGGAAACAACUGCAUUGACCUGUAACUGCUUGAAUUUGACAUCGUGGAUUAUUGAUUACGUGGAAGGAUGGGAAAACAUCUCAGGAGCCGCUCCGACCCCGCGUACUUCAAAACAGCUUGACUUUGUAUAUAGGAAAAUGUAUUUUUUUCUUCUUGUCAACCUCUGGGGGAAACAACUUCAUGCCCAAGCCAAAACGAUUCUCGAAGGCAAACCCUGCUGUAAAAUUCUGCAUUGUUGUGAUAUGUGUCAAGAGCGGCUUUGAAACUGUGUUUGCGGAAUCCGUCGCGGAUAUGUUAUUCUUCACUGCAGCCUGGUCCCUGUGCCAGAUAUGCAGCUAUGAAGAGCCCAUUUCUUCUUGCAAAGUGUUGUGUUUUGACAGUGUAAUAUUUCAGAGUUUAUCGUUGGUUGAGGCAGCAUGUGGUUGAAAAAUGCCUAAAUCUCACAGACGACAGGAAAAUGUAUCACUUUGUCACAGGGGGAGAGGGGGAAGAAGAAAAACACGGGGAAGAAGUGCAGAGCUUGUUUACUCAUCAUAUCUAAUGAAAGCACAGCACAGAGAAGACCAAGUUUGAGUGGGCUGCAGGAUUGCAGGUGCACAGAAGAGAUGGAGAUGUGUGGCUGAGAGAGCGAUACGCCAAAACACAAAUACAAUCUAUUUUUAUUGCAUUUUAUUCUCAAAAUAAUUAUAUAAUUAGUUAUCUCAUAACAAUAAAACUACAAUGAUGGUUGGCCAACAAUGACUGAGAUCAGCUUUUUGUGUAUCUGAAGCUCAGACCUCUCACCACUCACCUGAAUUUACACAUUUUAAUCACAAUUUAAUCACAGAACUUAUCAUUUUACUAUUAUUGCAUAUUGUAUGUUUGGUUGAUUUCAGCUUGUUAUAACACAAAAUACAAAAUCAAUGUCAAGAUUGACUCUUGUACUUUUGUGAAGUACAAAGUCUUUGGACUUAUUGUGCUGCUUAUUGACCCACCACCCAUCACACCUACCUGUGCAUUGUGGAACCUUAACUCCUAUGUUGGAAUAACAUGAACCCACCCCAAGUUGGUAUAUAAUGUGCCAUUUGGAUAACUUCAGUGUUUACCAUUAACUAUCUACAUUGUGGUGGGCCACAAUAUUGUACUUUGUCCAGCCACAUUUUUUAUAAUGAACCACUUAAAUAAUCAAAAUACCAUAAGAGAUUUCUACUGUCAGACACUAUCGUUUUUACCGUCCAACCGGACCUCAUAGAAUCAGCUGAUGUUAUGCACAAACCCACAAGCGUGGUGCAGUGCAGUUUUCUCUCUCAUGCUCGAACUUCUCUCUCACUCUUUCAUCUGUCGACCUAUCAAUUGGAAUCUGUUACCUUUGAGGGCGACCUUUGUGCAUGUGCUACCGCUUUAAAUUGAAUUAAUUCAAAGAACGCUCUAGAUGUGUACAAUAUGAACAAAAGAGGAUAACGUUUCUUUAAAGUAUAGAUUUGGGCGAGGGCGGCUUUUACAUGGUUGGUCCAAAAGAUUAGCUAAAGAUGCAGGACAUGCAUCUGUUCAUACUGGAUUUUAAAGCUGGCUAUUAAAACCUUGUUCUCCCAGUUCCAGGUUUGCUCAGUUGAUAAUCCAGUACAAGAGACAUGCAAUUUACUAAUUUAUGAAUAUAAUGUUUUGUUAUGCUUUAAAUAUGUAUACUGAGCAUUCAUAAAGGACAAACACUGCUAAAAUAUGAAUACACAACAUGCUAAAUAAGGUCACUGGGGUGUCAGAAGCAACAUCCAGAGCACAUGCAGUCAUUGCUAUGGGACCCAGUGCAGUAGUUUCUAUGGAUACCAGUGAAUACUAUAACCAACACAUGUCAGUUCACUGUCAGUGUUACUAAGCAAAUAACACAAAAAGCAUUGUUUUAACAAGAAUUUGACUUACACGGCAUUCAGUGAACUGAAAUCGCCAUCUGAUCCCGGACAACACGAAAACUGAAUGGUAUUUCCCCGACCCGCGCUGCAUCCUGAAUCCAAGUUUCGUGAAAAUCUGUCCUGUUGUUUUUGUGUAAUUCUGCCAACAAGCAGACAAACAAACAGACAAACAGACAGCGGAAGUUUGGUUACUUUGGCUACUACCUGAGGCGAUAUCAUUAAUGUGACUGAACAUAGAAACAAGGUACUCUCCAGGCUGAUUCCCGAUGUAAGGAUCCUGUAGGUUUAUGUUAUGACAACUAUUAAGGUGCAGUGGUCAGUGCUGCAAUGAUGCUCUCAAUCUCUCUUGUAAAUCUGGCCUCCUUGUUAGCGUCUAUCUCAGCGUUUAUAGUACACAGGUUAGCAGAGCUGUAACUCCAAUUCUUACUCACGUAACAAUGUCUUUAGAUGAAAUCAGGAUAAAAGCAGCUCCUUCUACAUGAGAGAUGCUACAGACACAUCUUGACAUGUCAGGAUUGACAGCUGACAUUGCCUCACUGGCUGAGUGCUUGGACCUUUCUACUGCAGCUCUGUUCCCUGAUUGCUGAACAUUCACUCAUUAUCUACUCACCGUUAUGCCAAUGGACGCAAGGGCAAAGAGUUUGAGUGGAGUCUUGCGAGAAUUCGUAAAAAAUCUUAAUGACUCCCGAUAGCUGAAGUUACUGGAGGAAUAACAGCGGACAUUUAGGCCCAAAACCAGGAAUAAAUGACGCUUGGAGGACACCACACGAGCAGUAGUCUGUUGUCUUUUUACAUUUGAAGAAAUGGUCGCCAUUUCAUUUAAUUAUAUUGGUUCUGGGUGAAAUGCUGUUUACCCCUGAAUCUCUAAAAGGGUUUUUCUGGAGUCAAACACUUCACCCACCUGUUGUUAACAGAUAAUGAGUGAAUCUCCAUUCUUGGGGUGACCUUUAAGUUGCAGCCCUUUACAUCUGGUAUAUCAGUUUCUACAAAUAUAACUUGGUGGCUAUUUACCUUGCUAAAAAACUAGGUGGCUUAGGUGUGCUGAUUGCUUUAAACUUCACUCCAUUAAUGCUGAUUGACUGAGCCCACGUCAACACCAGAUACAAGCUUCAGUUUGAGCUACGUGGCUGUUUGUGCACAGGGACUCCUCCAAUGGACCUCCAUGAUGGAGCCACGCACAGUUGCUGGGAGAUUUUUCGCACAACUACAAAGUUAUAAGGCCGUCCUCCUUAUCCUGCAAUGUCACAUUCACUUAGAGUCCCAGUAUAUAUCGUUCAAGUGAAACGGUAAUGUGUGAAGCAGACCAAGAACAAAGGGUUUCUGUGAGAGAUACCAACAACUCACAGGUUUGGAUUCAAUUCAACUCACUGACCCCGGAACACACAGUAUUUCAACGUACUGCUUUAAGUUGUUCCAAAUGUUUCUAAAAGAUAAAUGAAAUGAAAUUAGAUGAAAAAAGAGACAGACAGUAAAAAACAUAAAUAUUCAGUAAAAUAAAUUAACAUCGAUUAACAUCUCAUCUUCGGUCUGAAAAUGAGAAUGAAGAAGCACAAGUGACACAAUUAAUCACUUAUCAUACUAUACUUAAUUGUUAAUUGUGCAUCUCUCUCUCUCUCUCUCUCUCUCUCUCUCUCUCUCUCUCUCUCUCUCUCUCUCUCUCUCUCUCUCUCUCUCUCUCUCUCUCUCUCUCUCUCUCUCUCUCUCUCUCUCUCUCUCUCUCUCUCUCUCUCUCUCUCUCUCUCUCUCUCUCUCUCUCUCUCUCUCUCUCUCUCUCUCUCUCUCAUUUGCAUGCAUUGACUGGUGAAGAAUAUGAGCUGACAUAUUUUUGACCCACCCAAGCUGAACUGAGCUGAAAUGAACUCAACCAUACUUAGGAAGACACACAAUAUCUGUCACUGCCACUGGCUGUUUGGACAUAAUUAACUGACCUAAUGAACGUCCUGAUGUUUAAUAGAUGUUAAUAAGACAGUCUGUGUCAAAACCAGUGUAAAUGUAGCUCUAAAAAAGGACAGCCGUGGCGAUGAGACGGUGCCUGUGGUAACUGCCAUGCCUCUCUCAUUUCCAUGAAAUGGAGACCUGAAUACGUCUCUGAAAUUAGGUCGUGCCGUGUUCUGGGAAAAUACGUGAUUAUCUGGGUUGACACUGACCUCAACUUGCUUGGUUCAGCUCAGCGCCAAAUGUAAAAAGGCUCUUUCUGUGGGUAACUGGCUGAUUCCUGCGAGGCAGAAGCAGGGGGAAUGGGAAACCUCUGUGUUGCUGAGUUUGUUGUGUUCAUUGUCUUUUCUUUGCGUUCAUUUGCGAAGGGCUAGAAUGUGCACUCCAGAGGAUGCACCGUUCAAUAUUAAACUUUGUGUAUUUGUGGUAUGCAUCACUUGUUCUUGCAUAGGGAUUGUUAUAUAGCCCCUUAACUUUGUCACCACACCUACUAAAUCCAGCCAUUCACUUAUCCUGGGUGCGACCUCUUUUGCUUAGAUACACGCACAGAAAAGAAAAGUACUAAAUAAUAUUGAAGUUGUACAGUGGUUUGUCUUUGUGUUUAGGGACAAGAAGAUGCGACUGCUAAGGUCAUGAUCGGCAGCACACACGAUGUCCAAGAAAAUAAAAUGUAUGUUUUACACAAUACAGAUUAUAAUUCUGACAGAAAUUUGAAGUAAACUGCUGACAACUUACCCUUGUUUCUGAAAGUGUGCUGUCAUGCAGGGUGUGAGAUUAUUUUUAAAAUUAUAACUAAGUAAAGUGCUGCGACAUGAGUACUGUUUUUUUCGCAAAUUUUUGUUGAUGACAUUUUUAAAUGGAUAAUUGUCCAAGUGGCACUAUCCAUGGUACUGAAAGAGGGCUUUAAUGCUGGCAUGUAAAAUCAGCACUUAAAUUUAGGUUUCGUUGGGUAUGAUCGAACCCCCCCCCCCCCCCCCCCCGUGUGUGUGUGCACGAGAAAAGGAGAGCACGAGAGGGUGUCUAAUUAAAAAAAAAAUGGUUUCAAAAUAUUCCUGAAACUACAGUGGUUGAGUUUUUUUAAUUUGUACUUGUGCCAGACAACAGGUGUGGAACAACUUCUUACAUGGCAGGUGUUAAAUGAUGUUCAGGUUGCACCUAAACUAUGAAACAACCCUAUUUAUUUACAUAAACAUGAAUAUACUGGUGAUAAUGAAUACCCUGAAAGUGCUAUAUAUCACCUAAAAGUUACAUUUGUUAUUAUAGGUGUAUCUAAUUAAGCGAAUUAUUGUCCAAAAUUCAAUGCAUGUUGAGACAACGUUGUCUUUACAAUCUAACAUUGGUUCAAUUGUCAUCAUUCCAGCCCCUGAUGACAUGACAUGGAGGUGCAGACGUUUUUUUUACUUUGUUCUAUGAUGUAAUGUUUUCUGGGAGAUAUAAAAGGCUUCACCUUUUAUAUCAACCCAGUGUGGUUCGUGAUUUGCAGUAUUUUCAUUCAUAAAAAUGUUCAAAAACAGGCCGUACCCUGCAGACAUGAAUAUGUACUUUUCUGUUCUGUGUCUUUUGUCUAUGUGCCUUGGAACUUCAGCUGCAUAAAAUAUCAUGUGAAGCAACACAAGAUUGGAAUCUGUUUAUCCCGAAAGCCGAACAACCAAAGGCCUUUGUAUUCUACAGAAAUGUCGGUAACAAAACCAUCACUGAGACUCGCUGUAUAUUAUUUUUAGUACUAGUACUCUGGCUUACAAAGCUUAUGUUGUGUGGUUUAAUGUUACAAGCAGAUGUUUAUUUGUGACUCUUUAUUGUUGCAUAGUUGAUAAUGUGAUCACUGAUUGUAAUGGAUAGGCCUUUGUCUCUGCAAAUUAAACUGCAGACCAGUUUCUGCUCCCAUGGUCCAACAUGUGUGUAUUCUUCUUCAGUGGGUGUGUAUACACACGAGUACCAUAUCUGCCCAUAUGUGUUUGUACUAUGUGGACUCACCCGGAUGAAAGCAGCUUGUAUGAAUGUAUAUGGUAUAUGUCAAAAUAAAUUUCUAGGAGUUUCAAA